ACCCACCACACUUCUGUUUUUUUUUUCUUCUGGAAGCAGAGGAGACGCUACCGCCGCCCCGUGCGACGCCUCCACUGCCGCCGCCAGCCACCGGACUCCCCGCUGCCGGCCAUCACCUCCAGCAAGGUCAUCCGGUCGCUAUCCCCCUCCGGGCCUUCCCGCGCCCUCCGUUUCGCUCGGCGAGCGCCGCCUCCUGCCGCAUUCCGCCGCCGCCGCCGAUGGAUCAUCCUCGUGGGCCCCAGCGCCAGCGCCGCAGCGGUUGCUCUCCUUCCCGCGGGCUUCGCUCCUCGUGACCAUCCUACCAGUUGAAGGAGGGGCGAAGGAGACGUGGCUGCAGCUGGGAAGCCGCCUGUUUGCUUCGGUUUGUCUGCGUCAGUUCGCUGUGGUUGUGAUAAAAAAAAAGUGACAUUGGGCUGUGAUUGCUGGUGGCAAAGGUUGAUUUGUUUAAUCAGCUGCUUUGAUUUUGUCGAGACGUGGGGUUAGGGUUUAGGGUUCAGCGCGAGUGUGCUUGUGGUCUGCGAGCUUAUGCUUGAGUGACAUUGACAGUGGAUGCCCGGUGCAUGUGUUUGAGACGUUCUGCAUGUGCUUUUUUUGGUAAUCUGUGACUGUGAUGGCCAAGGACAUGGAUAAAAUGGAAGGGGAGGGUGCAGGCCGACUAAGCAGAGUUGGGUCCAGAUCAGAGGCUUCGUCACCUCCUAGUGCAGCUCCCUUUUCAGCCACAGCCUCUCGUCUGCGCCGUACUCUCCCGAGUCUGCGGGUUGACGUGGACUACUCCAAAUACAAUCCGAAGAAGAUGAAGAAGCUCAGGCUUGUCGCGGAGACAGAGUGGUUCCCGCCCCAGAGACAUGAUCGUCACCUGACAGGCAGCCGGUUCUGGACAGUUGUGCAGAAGGACGUGUAUCUUGCUCUCAAGUCACAGGUCAGCGACACGAAGUGGAUCGACUGGCCAUCAGUCAACCGGAGUGCUGGCACAGAUGUUCGUGGAUACUUCGCAGCUACUCCAGGGCUGGACAGGCUGUUAGAGAGGCAGGGCCUCAGCUGGGAUGACUCGUACAUUCGUCAGUUCUACGCCACACUAUGGAUUCACCCAGACCGAUCGAGGAUCAAGUUCAUGUUUGGGAACCAACAGCGUGAGUUAUCCAGGGAUGAUUUUGCCGGGUGUCUUGGCCUGUCUUGCGGUGGUGCCCGAGUGCACACAUUGGCAUACCCCAAUGGGAACUGUGAUGAAGUUCACUUGCCGACUCUAGAGGACAUUCACCACCUUUACGUCAAUCAUGAUGCCGUGAUUGAGUUCUGGAAGGACAAAAGUAAGUUGAACCACGAAACUUCUGUUGUAAACACAGUUGUGAGGAUGACUAUCCGUCCUAGAACUGGAGGCUGCGAGUUAUCUACAGUUGAGAUUUGGCUUCUGCACUUGUUGAGGUCAGGAAAGCGUGUCGACAUAGUAGAUUUGAUGAUUGGAGAGAUGCAGGAAACCAUUCUGACAAAGAGAUGCCGGCUGCCCUAUGCCCCGUAUCUCAUUCGCUUAUUUGACAAUAAAGGGUGGCUUGAGGAUGGCAUGAAAAAGGCUUUGGAUCAGCACCUCAAGCCAUACAAAGCUCCGGGGCCUGAUGACAAGAGGAGGCUCAAGAAUAGGGCACUUCUGCAUGACAAGUUGUACAAGGCUCCAAAGCCUGAUGAUAAGAGGAGGCUCAUGACCAGGUCACUUCCAGCCCACAUGGAAGUUGUAUGUGAUGAUGAUGGGCAUGUAGAGUUGGACCAUGCACUUGUCCCGAGCAUACAGGAGCAAGCUCUUUGGGACACCACUAAUGGGGAAACUGACACAGAUCAUGGCCAACAUAUGGCGCUACCCCCAGUUCCUGAUGAGUUCAGAUUUGGCCAGCAGGGAGCUCACGGUGCAGAGGCAGGAGGGUCAGGUGGUCAUAUUGCAGAGGCAGGAGGCUUGGCUGGUCAUACCUAUGACGUUCCUCCCAUGCUGCAGAGGCAGAUUGAUCGCCAGACGGUUAUCCUUGAGCAGAUGCAGAGACAGAUUGAUCGCCAGACAGCUAUCCUUGAGCAGAUGCAGAGACAGAGACAGAGACAGAUUGAUCCCCAGACGGCUAUCCUUGAGCAGAUGCAGGGACAGAUUGAUCGCCAGACGGCUAUCCUUGAGCAGAUGCAGAGACAGAGACAGAUUGAUCCCCAGACGGCUAUACUUGAGCAGAUGCAGGAUAUCCGGAACCUGGCUGUGGUUUCUAUUGGUCAGAGUAUUCGCUGCCACGCUCGCCACAGUGAUAUUCUGGCUAUUCUCGCUGAGAGUUUUAGUGCUUCCUGCGGACUCUAGGCGGCUUCCUCUCCCACCGGUUUGACGCAGCAGACUCUACUUCUCAGUGUCUAGUUUUAUGGUAUGAUGAGCUGCUGCCUACUUCUGCUAGAUCGGAGUGUACUCAGGUUCUCUCACCUUCAGGCUUAAGCCCAGCAGCCACUCGACAGGACCGAGAGAUAAGCUGGCUAUUGUCGAUUAACUUCGUUGGUGGGUUUCCCUGUGUGCGUUUGAUCUGGAAAGGGGAGAGAUUUGACUUAUAUUAUCCUUUUGUGCGUGGAGUCGUCUUUUGGGUGGUACUGUAAAGUGUAAGAUACAUAUAUGUUCCGUGCCUGCUACUUAUUUGGAUCCUACGUACUUUGUUUCUAAUGCAUGAAUUUCAUAGAUCGAGGUUUGAAAGCUGA